ACUUACCCAUCACCGAAUCGAAAUUUGGACCCCGUUAACUUCUCCAGAGAUCAAACAAAUCGACUCGCAAUCAUCGAGAGUUGAAUAGCGGGUUUGUCUCCAAGAUGUCAGGACGCUUCCCGAAGAAUUUCCAGGAGCUGCAGCGGCAGCUGGCGAAGGCGCAAGAGCAAGGUCGACGCUUCGGUGCUGGCGGAGGCGGCGCACCACCUCGAGGAGCUCUGGGAGGAUUGGCCGGUCUCAUCAUAUUGGGCGGCGGCGCUGUACUGCUGUCCAAUUCUCUGUUCAACGUCGACGGUGGUCACAGGGCAAUCAAGUACACGAGGAUAGGCGGUGUCAAAAAGGACAUCUAUGGCGAAGGCACUCACAUCCGGAUCCCAUGGUUCGAAACGCCCAUCACCUACGACGUUCGCGCAAAACCACGCAACGUCUCCUCCCUGACGGGGACGAAGGACCUGCAGAUGGUCAACAUAACCUGCCGCGUCCUCUCGCGACCCCGGGUCGAGGCUCUGCCGCAGAUCUACCGCACCCUAGGCACGGACUACGACGAGCGCGUGCUGCCCUCCAUCGUCAACGAGGUGCUCAAGGCUGUGGUCGCUCAGUUCAACGCCUCCCAGCUUAUCACUCAACGUGAAAACGUCUCGCGUCUCGUAAGAGACCAGCUCACCCGCCGUGCUGCCCGCUUCAACAUCCUCCUCGACGACGUCUCUCUCACGCACCUCGCCUUCUCUCCUGAAUUUACCGCCGCGGUCGAGGCAAAACAGGUCGCCCAGCAAGAGGCUCAGCGCGCCGCUUUCGUAGUCGACAAGGCCCGGCAGGAGAAGCAGGCCAUGGUCGUGCGAGCGCAGGGUGAAGCUCGCUCCGCCGAGCUGAUUGGUGACGCCAUCAAGAAGAGCAGAAGUUACGUCAGUCUGAGGGAGUUUGAGAACGCAAAGAAUAUUGCCCAUAUAUUGGAGAGGAGCAACAACAAGAUGUAUCUUGAUUCCGAGGGCUUGGGUUUGAACAUCAGCGAGACAGCGAGCGAGAAGGCGGCGCGCAGCAAGUCAUAAUGUCCCGGUGGUAAGACUCACAAGAUGGAAGAAAAGUGAAAUGAGUGAGUGUGUUAGGGAAGAGGAGCGUGAAAAUUCCACUCUUGUGCUUGUACAGAAUAAAAAAAAAAGCGACAGAUUUAAUCUUUUGGUACGGACGAGCAUUUGCAUUAGUAUAGCAUCGUCUGAGACUGCAGCAAUUUAUAUACAUCUAUCCCACAUAUCAUUAUGCUCA